AGAAGGGGGCUCCUUCAGACAGGGGGCAGCUUCAGACAUUGAUAUUGUGGGUAAAUUUAAGGACUCGGGUUGGCGACACUGCCAUCAAAACAUUCCAUUACUACUCACGCUAUUAUAGUCCAGUCUGUAGAACAGUGCAGUAAAGGGUUCACGUCAUAAAGUGAAAAGUUAGUUUUUGGUGGUUGAAAGUUAAAUUUUUGGAUUGAAGAUUGUCUGAAGAUGGUAAGAAAUAGGAAGAAAGGAAAAACAAAAGGAAAUUUCGAUGCCGAAUCUAUGAAAGAAUGUGUAGCGGCCAUCCUAGAUGGUGAAUCGAUAAGAAAUGCUGCUAAAAGAUUUGGAUUAAAAUAUCAUACUGUUGGUAUGUACGUUAAGAAGUUUAGGGAUAACCCAGAAGGCGAACAUGAUAUGAAAUUAAGAAAUGAUACUAGAAAGGUUUUUACUGAUAAACAGGAAGACGACCUUGAGGCAUAUUUAAUUAAGUGUUCAAAAAUGUUUUAUGGUCUUAACAAUCUAGAAACUCGUAAACUAGCACAUGAGAUGGCCAAAAUGAACAAUAUUGACUGUCCUAAAAACUGGAAAGCUCCAAGAAUGGCAGGAAAGGACUGGCUAUACGGUUUUAUGAAACGCCAUCCAAGAUUAUCUCUCCGUGUUGCUGAAGGAUGCAGUAUUGCACGUGCAAUUUCCUUUAACAAACAUAAUGUGAAUGCUUUUUUUAAUAAUUUUGAAAACUUAAUCAAAAGAUACCCAGAACUCUGUGACUCAUCCAGGAUUUGGAAUUUGGAUGAAACAAAAACUGAAACUAACCAAGAACCUUCUCGUGUGAUUUCACAAAAAGGCCAAAAACAAGUAGCAGCUGCUGUAAAUGGUGAGAGAGGAACUCUGGUUACUACAGUUUUGUUUAUAAAUGCAGCUAGAAAUACAAUACCUCCUGCCCUAGUAUUUCCGAGAGUGCACUUCAAGAGCCACAUGAUAAAUGGAGCACCAAACGGGACCUUGGGGUUGGCUCAUCAGUCAGGUUGGAUAAUCACUUACAAUUUCGUUCAUGUGAUGCAGCACUUUAUAAAAUGUUCAGGUUCCUCUGAAAAGAGAAGAAUGCUUCUAAUUUGCGACAAUCAUGAGAACCACUUGUCAAUUGAGGCAAUAGAACUAGCAAGAGCUAAUGGCGUGCACAUUCUAACAGUUCCACCCCAUUGUACCCACAUGUUGCAACCACUGGAUGUGGGAUUGAAUAAACCUUUUAAAACAUAUUAUAAUGCUGCAAUUGAUUCAUGGUUGAAGUCUAACCCAGGCCAACGUUUUGGAAUCUAUAACGUGGCUGCAUGUGUUGGAAUAGCACAUGGCCGUGCCAUGUUACCACAGAGCAUUAUAAAUUCUUUCAAAAAAACAGGAAUAUUUCCAGUUGACAGGCACAUUUUCACCGACGAUAUGUUUGCUCCCAGUUUGGUCAGUGAGAGACCUAAUCCUCCAGACGAAACUCUUUCUGAUGAACCUCUAACAUGCCAACUAGCUGCAAGUCUACCAACUUUAGAAUCUGAAAAACCACCCUCAUCUUCCCAAAUUUCAAGCGAAAACUUUCAGCAACCAAUAGACACUCCAUCAACAUCAAGCUGCCAAAACUCUACGCCUAUGCCCCCUCAACAGCCUGGCUGUUAUUUCAGUCCUGAGGAGAUACGAGGAUAUCCAAAAUCAAAACUCAAUACUAGCUCCAAGAAACCAAGAGAAAAGGGGACAAGCAGAAUAAUAACUGACACCCCAGAAAAGCUUCUUCUGGCAGAAAAACAGAUCAAUAAAAAAACAAAGAAAACCUCCAACCCUAAUGCUGAACGUACUAAAUCCACAAAAAGAAAACUACUUUUUGAAAAUGAGAAGAAUGAGAAGACAACUGAUGAUGAAAAUGACAAAAACUCUGAUGAUAAGGUAUUAGAAGAACCACAGCAAAAUUUUGACAGGAGUGAAUUGAAAAUUGAAGAUUUUGUGCUGGUUAAAUUUGGGACUGUAAAACAAAAAGAUGUGUACUAUGUUGGGAGAAUCACUGGUAAAUGUGAUGAUGGAGAUGUUGAAAUUUCAUUUUUGAGAAUGUCAUCUAAAGUAAAUUAUAAAUUUUUCUACCCCAUCGUACCAGAUAUCUCUAGUGCUUCUUUAUCAGAAAUUGUAGCCCUUUUGCCAACUCCUUCUGAGCAGGGUACAAAGCGACAGAAAUCUUUAUUGCCUUUUUCAGUUUCAUUAAAAAACUUCAAUAUGCAUUAGAGGUUUGACUAAGUAUCAUAAUAUAGUUUUAAAUAUUGUAAUAAAUCAUUUCUAAAACAUUUAUAUGAGCGUUGUCAUUUUUCCAAUUGUGUCUGAAGCUGCCCCAUUCCCCGUCUGAAGGUGCCCCCUAAGUGGGGUACCUUCAGACGUUUUUGAAAAAGUGGUUUUGAUUUUUUUUUACAACAAGUAUAGGGUUUAAUAUUAAAAGCAUAUAUAUAGUGAAAGUUGGGUAAACAAUGUAUCUUAUGAAUAUUUUCUUUCUUUAUUUGGUGAUGUAUUUAGAGUGAUAUGACAGUUUAAAUUUUUAUGUCUGAAGGAGCCCCAC